AACGUUGCGGACGCGCAGCGAGGACUCGGGGUUGCGCUUCAGCCGUCAGAGAAAAAAAAGAAAAGAAAAAAAACAAGAUGGCGACUCGUCAAGAAAGAUAGGAUGGCCUGAAGGGAGUGAUGGUGUUUGUCGGAAAAGGAUUACUAACAACACGACCGUCACCAGUAGCGAUUCGUGCCUAAAAUGAAACGGAUGCCUCGCGUCCAGAUUUUGAGUGUUUAGCAGAGUGUAGAACGUACGGGGUGAUUUGAAGCGGCCAACUUUGCUUGUAGCUGUUAGCAACGCUAGCUCGCCAGCGGCAUCAAAGCACAGCUGGCCCUCGUUAGCCAACCACCUAUAAGCAACAAGCAGCAGUCAGCAGUCACUGCCACAAGACGAAGGAGAGCGGCCCCGUCAUAGCCCGGGACAUCGAGGUGUCUUCGGGGCAAUGGAAGGGGACGAGUUUGUAGCGCCUCCGGAGUGUCCCGUUUUCGAGCCGUCAUGGGAGGAGUUCAAGGAUCCUCUGGGCUACAUCGCCAAAAUACGUCCAAUUGCAGAAAAGUCUGGAAUCUGUAAAAUUCGACCACCAUCAGACUGGCAACCACCAUUUUCAGUGGAGCUGGAUACGUUCCGAUUUACGCCACGCAUCCAGAGGCUUAAUGAACUGGAGGCGGAGACUCGAGUGAAGCUUAACUAUUUGGACCGCAUUGCCAGGUUUUGGGAGAUCCAGGCUUCCUCCUUGAAAAUCCCGCAUAUCGAGAGGCGCAUCCUUGAUCUAUUUGGCCUGUCAAAGGUUGUGUCUGAUGAAGGCGGUUUUGAGAUGGUCUGCAAAGAACGACGCUGGGCCCGUGUAGCUCAGAGACUCGGCUACCCUCCUGGCAAGAACAUCGGUUCUCUUCUGCGCUCGCAUUAUGAGAGGAUUGUCCACCCCUUUGAAAUGUUCCAGUCUGGUGCCAGCUUGCCGCAUUGCAAGCCAAAGCACUACGAUGGUGAGGAAGUGGACAAGGAGUACAAGCCCCACUCCAUCCCUCUGCGUCAGUCUGUGCACCCAUCUAAAAUGAGCAGUUAUGGGCGCCGAGCGAACCGCUGCCAGCCAGAUGGUCCGGAGGAUCCGAACCUCCAUCCUCUCACCACUGGCUCUCAACUCAUCACAGCGCCCGAACCUACUGAGGAAGACAUAGAGAAGAACCCAGAAUUGAAGAAGCUGCAGAUCUAUGGCGCCGGGCCCAAGAUGAUGGGACUUGGACUUGUUGCACGAGACAGAGGCAUUAGGAAGAAGGAUGAACUGCCUCAAACUGUGACUGUCAUGGACAGUACACCAUCUGUUCCUGGUGUCACUUGUGUAAAAGGGGAGCCUCUGCUUACACAAGACAGACCAACCGAAGAGUGCUCUGCCACCCCCCAGGAUUCCCCUGCCAGCAUCCCGGUCAAAACAGAAGUCAAAGCAGACGUCAAAGCAGAAGUCAAAGCAGAGGCCAAGUCCGAAGUGAAGACUGAAGUUAAGAGAGAAGAAUUGGAAGAGCAUCUUCAUAAAGAAAGUCGCCAACAUUUUACAGAUGGUCCAUGCACCAAAAUGACAAUGAGGCUACGACGCAACCUCAACAAUAUGCAGAGUGUGGAUUCCUUUGUGUGUCGGAUGUGUGGUCGCGGAGAUGACGACGAGAAACUCUUGCUGUGUGAUGGUUGUGAUGACAACUACCACACUUACUGUCUGCUGCCCCCUCUCACUGAUCCUCCCAAAGGCAACUGGCGAUGCCCAAAGUGUGUUGCCGAAGAGUGCAAGAAGCCUUCAGAAGCGUUUGGCUUUGAACAAGCAACUCGUGAGUACAGUCUGCAGACUUUUGGGGAGAUGGCCGACGCUUUCAAAGCAGAUUACUUCAACAUGCCUGUCCAUAUGGUUCCCACCGAGCUUGUGGAGAGGGAGUUCUGGAGGUUAGUUAGCAGCAUUGAGGAGGAUGUGACUGUCGAAUAUGGAGCAGAUAUCCACUCCAAAGAGUUUGGCAGCGGCUUCCCAAUGAACAAUGGCAAGAGGAUUCUGACAAAAGAGGAGGAGGACUACGCCCGCAGUGGCUGGAACUUGAAUGUUAUGCCCGUACUGGAGCAGUCUCUCCUGUGCCAUAUUAAUGGCGAUAUCUCUGGCAUGAAGGUGCCUUGGCUUUAUGUUGGCAUGGUAUUCUCCGCUUUCUGCUGGCACAUUGAGGAUCAUUGGAGCUACUCCAUCAACUACCUGCACUGGGGCGAACCCAAAACCUGGUAUGGAGUACCUUCAGUAGCUGCUGAGCGACUAGAGGGGGUGAUGAAGAAACUGACUCCCGAAUUAUUUGAGUUCCAGCCUGACCUUUUGCACCAGUUGGUCACAAUCAUGAACCCAAACAUCCUCAUGGCUCAUGGUGUACCGGUUGUCAGGACCAACCAGUGUGCCGGCGAAUUUGUCAUCACUUUCCCCAGAGCAUACCACAGUGGUUUCAACCAGGGAUAUAAUUUUGCAGAAGCGGUCAACUUCUGUACAGCAGACUGGCUACCUGCCGGUCGUUCCUGCAUUGAGCAUUAUCGACGUCUACGGCGGUAUUGCGUCUUCUCUCACGAAGAGCUCACUUGUAAAAUGGCAGCCAGUCCAGAGAAACUAGAUCUUAAUCUUGCUGCAGCGACACACCGGGAAAUGUUUAUUAUUGUUCAGGAGGAGAGAAAGCUCCGGAAAGCUCUGAUGGAAAGGGGCAUCACUGAAGCAGAGCGGGAGGCGUUUGAGCUGUUACCUGAUGAUGAACGACAGUGUGACAAAUGCAAGACAACGUGUUUCCUCUCAGCACUGGCUUGUUCAACCUGCCCCGAGCGUCUGGUGUGCCUAUAUCACACUCAGGAUCUGUGCAACUGCCCCAUUGACAAACUCUACCUCAGGUACAGAUACACCCUGGAUGAGUUGUUGGCCAUGUUACACCGCUUAAAGGUUCGCUCGGAGUCCUUUGAUUCCUGGGCCAACAAAGUAAAAGAGGCGCUUGAGCAUGAGGAUGGAAACAAGAUAGGAAUUGAUUACUUGGAGACACUCAAGACCGAAGCAGCAGAAAGAAAGUUCCCUGACAAUGAACUUCUACGUAAACUCAACACUGUUCUCAAAGACAUAGAGUACUGCCAACAGAAGAGCACUGAACUCCUUGCUAACUCAAAGACCAGUGGCACAAAAAUGACUUUGGCGGAACUGAAAUCAUUGAUAGAGACUAUGCAAAGCCUGCCCUGUGUGAUGGGUCAACUGGACGAAGUGCAGGCGGUUCUGCAGGUGGUGAGCGAUUACCAGAGCCGGGCUCAGGAAUUGGUCAAUGACCGCGACUGGAGGAGGAACUCUGCACCAGCAGAGCUGUUGCAGAUGUUACUGGAUCAAGGAGCUCAGCUGCCUGUCGUGGUGCCAGAGUGUAAUCUGCUUCAGGGCCUUCAGGAGUUGGGGCGCUGGCUGGCAGAGGUCAGGCGCACUUUGGGCACAGAGGGGGGCGAGAGACCAGAGGUGACGUUGGCAGUGUUGAGAAAUCUGAUUGAGGCAGGCUGCAACGUGCCUCAGAGUGCAUCUGUGGAUACAGCCAUGGCAGAACUGCAAGAGCUGCUCACUAUUGCGGAACGUUGGGAGGAGAAAGCGCAGAUCUGUCUUGAACAAAGGCAAAAGCAUCCUCUCUCAACACUGGAGGCGAUUGUGAACGAGGCCCAGCUUAUACCUGUGAAGUUGCCAAACAUUCAAGCUUUGCAGGGCUGUCUAAGCCGCGCACGUGCUUGGGUAACAGACCUGGAGGAAAUCCAGAAUGGGGAGCAUUACCCGUGCUUGGAUGAUUUGGAGGGCCUGGUGGCCAUUGGACGGGACCUGCCCGUCUUCAUGGAGGAGCUGCGACAGCUGGAGCUCCAAGUGGCGAGCGCUCACUCCUGGAGGGACAAGGCCACCAAGACCUUCUUGAAGAAGAGCAGUCAGCACAGCCUACUAGAGGUUUUGUGUCCAUGCGCUAAAAGGAGACACAAUGAGACAUUAGAGGAUGUGGACGACUGUGAUACCAACACUCUAGGCCUAUCCGCUCAAGACCUUCGAGACCCUGCAGCUAUUGUGGUGGCCUUCAAAGAAGGGGAGCAACGGGAGAAGGAGGCACUACUGAGGUUACAGAAAGUCAACAUGGGGAAGACUGGACUUAAUACAGGAGAUUACAAGGAGGGCAAGGGGACGUCGGAUGAUCUCAUGGAAACGGACUCUGCAAUCUGUAUGAAAGAGAACGGGAACUCCCACGGCGCCUCCUCUGUUCAGACGGUGUGCGUGUGUGCUGGUCAGCCACGAGCACCUCAGUUACGCUGCCACCUGUGCAAGGACUGGUUCCACGGUGGCUGCGUUCCCUUCCCCUCGCUGCUGCCCUCUUGUGGACCGCCGGGUAACCCGCGCUGCUGGUGGGACUGGGACUCGCGCUUUCUGUGUCCGCGGUGCCAGCGCUCGCGGCGCCCCCGUCUGGAGACUAUCCUAGCGUUACUGGUGGCCUUGCAGAGGUUGCCCGUGCGCCUGCCCGAGGGCGAGGCGCUGCAGUGUCUCACGGAGCGAGCCAUCACAUGGCAGGGUCAUGCCAAGGAGGCACUGGAGACCCCCGAGCUGCAACAGGCCCUUGAGACGCUCCAAGAACUCAAAGAAACCCCCCCUUGUGACAAAGAGGAGGAAAGUCCACAGAAAGACGCAGACUCCAGCUCAGUCAUUGUUUUAUCCGACUCGGAGGGAGGUGAAGGAGAGGACGGAAUCAUUGAUCUGACGGAAGAUUUCCCUAAAAAUAAAUCCAAGGAGUCCAAUGGCAUUGAGAUGCAUGUUUUCCCGCAGGCCGCUGGUGGCAACGGCAUCAGCAAGAGCUCCAGCAUCACCAGUGUGGGCGCGUUGCUGCCACUGCUGCCCGAGCUCAGAGGUCAGGUGGUGCAGCUUUCGUCAGCCACGAAGGAGCGACUAGAGGAGCUGCAGCUGGAAGGAGAUCUGCUCGAGGUCUCUCUGGACCAGACGCACAUCAUCGGCAGAGUCCUGCAGGCGGCCUCCGAUCCGCCCGUGGCGACACUAUGCACACUCAUUCAGACGGAACUUGAAGAGCAGCAGCGAAGCAGUCGAGGCCGUACGAAGGACUCUAAGAGGAAGCGAAAGAGCCACCGAGGAGGCGACGGCAGCGUUACAGACGGUGUAGGAGCGGCACCGCUGGAUGUUUCCGACUCCAAGAAAACAUGCCCCUCCCCUCGCCAGGCUACCCAGACUCAUAUGGAGACUCUGUGAGGGUGCCCCUUGGCUCUGUCAAAGAAUCGAAUGGAGCAGACUCUGACAAAGGAAAGAUGCGGGACACCCAACACCACAACCUCAUCUCUCAAUCUUGUACACUCCCCCGACACAAAAUCUGACUUCCCAUCUCCCACAAGGUCUGACUUCCCUGGAUCCGUUUCUCCUGUCAGCUGUUUGAAUACUGUCGGAUAAUGUGGGACCUCCUGUAAUAGAAGUGUGUUUGUGGUCUAUUUAGAUUUGUCUCCCAGGUAAGUUGGUAUGCUUCGUUACCCGCAUAUUAAAGUGGAAGCUCCCCCCCUGCCCCACCGCCACCCCAUUCUUGAGCUCCUCGGAUAAGCUAUUCGGAUUUUUGGGUUUCUACGAGGCCACGAUACGACGCAGACUCGCGCCGCAACCUUGAUGACUUUUAUUUUUCUAGUCUUACUGAAGCUCGUGUUGGCAACAUUCGGAAGGGACUGGUGACGUCGUUUUGGGAAGUGUUUAAAACAAGCAUUCAUGUUUUUGGUGCUACUUUCCCAAAAUGGACACUAUGCGACCCUGGAGCAGUGCUGAUUUCGGUCAUCCUCUCAGUUCCACUUCCCUUAUCUGCCAAAUAAGGUAACUUUACUGUAACUCACUUUAUUUCCCAGUUUCAAAUGAUAUUCUUGUUGUUGUUAUUGUUAUUAUUAUUAUUAUUAUUGCAGAGGGACACUGUUAUUGUUUGUGUAUACACUUUUUAUUUGAAUGUUGCCUUUGUUUCUUUUCACUCUUGUUAGAAAAAUAAAGAUUUAGAGAAGAAUUGUUGAGGUAACGCCGAGUCAUUUUUCCCCCCGCCCCCCACUUGCGGAGGGACAGGUAGAACACUAAAAGAAAUAAAGCCGCAAAGCUUGAUGAACAUGGCGUUUAUUUAGAAAAAUCACACCAAGUGGACAGCACAACAUUGAGCAAGGAACUACUGGCUAGCACGAUCACACACGGUCACACUAUUCAAAUAUAAAAAGGUGGUCUCAAUAUCAAACUUGCAUGGAAAAACAAACAUGUCAAAUGAGCUUCGUUGACGUGGAAGACCAACGGCACGUUUUCCACACGAGCCAUUUAGCAGCCACUUGAAGCACAGGGAAGGAAAAUGCUACAACUCAACAACUAAAAGAUUUUUCGAAAAGAUGUGUCCGUAGCCAAAGGGUGCUUUGAAAAAAAUAGCAAGCAUGUUUUUGCUGUAUGCUGUUGUGCCAUUAUGUUCAAAACAUCAAUUUUGUGCUCCCUUUCAAGUCUGACUAAAAAAAAAUAAAAAACACCUUGUGGUCAAAACAGGCAGAUUUCGAGACAGUUCACCUCUGCUGCCUGACUUGAGCUUUUUCUGAGUCAUUUAUUUGUCACCUGGCUAAACAGCAGAUGGCGCAAUCCCCCCUAGUUUUCAUUUGUAUUAUUCCCGAAGCCCUUGGCGCAUUUUCUUUCAAUCAUGCCACACCCCUUUGUCAUUGUUGUGCAUAUCAUGUUUUAUGGCCAAUAAAUCCUCUUUUCCCAUGACCUUCGCAAUGCAGUCCAUCAAUGCAGCUGGUGUAGUUUUCUUGAAUGAAUGAAUGAAUAAUAUUAAUAAUUCUCAGAAGCAGCUUGUUGACAGAUUAGUCAACAUCAUUGUGUAAAUGCAACCAC